GGCGCUCGUAGUGCUCAAGGCGCAGAUCUCACAACGUCCUGAUGGACUAAUCACUACACCAGCAGCUCCGCAGAUCAUUUGAAUUACAGUUGCGCGCAUAACUGUUGCGAAACAACCUUUCAUACCUCACUGGCUGCAGACAUGGCCGACAAGUCGCCGAAGUCCAGUACUCCCUUUGCAACCAGGAUAGACCCGACUAAAGAGGGUCUUUCUCAAGAGCAGAUGAAUUUCAUCCGGCAGGUAGAGCUCCAACAGUGGAAGAAGAAAACACAGAUGCUGCGGACACGAAAUGUUGUGACAGGACUCGCCAUUGGAGCACUCGUCAUGGGAAUUUACGGCUACACAUUUUACUCAGUCUCCCAGGAGCGGAUCAUGGAUGAAAUGGAUGAGGAGGCCAAGCGUGCAAGAAUGCAGGGACCAAAGACUGGUGCCAACUGAGAUGUGUGUGUUGCCUGCCUGUUGUUGGACUGUGUGUCUGUCCUGCACUGAACUGAGAAGGGACUGACGUGGACACUGAUGCCACUGAUUUAUAUUCCAUGGCUGGCCGCUGUUUUUCAUGUUGAGACGGCGCUGGACUUUGUUUUCUUGAUUGUGAAGGGUAAUUGUGUGCUGACUUAAAACCAGACAUCUCUAGAUUUUGACUAAGUUUGCCUGUCAGUGGAAAGGACUAAUCCACUGACCUUAACAUGACCUUACCUGCUACCCAGAAGGCCUAGACUGUAGAGUAAUUGCAACCUUUACCUGACAAGUUUCCAGCCCGGAUGAUGUGAUGUGCAUACAGUAUGAGAGGAACAUCUUAGAUUUCAGUCAGCUAGUGAUAAAUCUACAGUGGCCUUUAACAGCAGAGAAUGCCUGUGACACUGCUAAAGUGACACACGGAUCAGCCUGUUGAAAAAUAUUUAUGUCGAUAAAGUUGUGAUUUGUAAAAUAAAAAUCUAAUGUAUUUGAUUUUUUUUUACAGUCAUGUCUGUGUAACUGUGCAAAAGAAGACAGUUGAUGAAGCAGUAAAGAUGACAAAAGAGCUGUGGUAUUUACAAUAGCAUUUAUUUUUGUCAAAAUUGGAUAUACAUAUAUAUAUAGAGUCUGAUCUUGCCACCAAAUUUUGAGAGUAAAAAUAUAAAAUAAGACAUUGUAAGGGAAAGGCACAGAUUCAGCAUGGCAGGACAGCAGCAGCAUCAGAAAGCAAUACAAUUAUAUAUUUACAUUCAGAAUUUUGAGACAAAACGUCUUUGAAUAUAUUAUGAACUUUGGAAAUCUUAAUAGGAGUUCCACUGCCAGAAAAAUUCAGUGUGUGUUGUGAAUAUUUUAUAAGGCAACAGCUACAUGUUCACAGCUUUGACUGAUUUCUCUAUAUCCCACAAUGUACUAAUUAUUUCAAAUUGUGGGAGGGUAGAUCAUCAUCACUGUGAUCCAAUAUGGAAAAACUGUGAUCAAACAUACACUGGAUCGUAUUCUCUAACUCCCUUUCGGAAAAAUAAGAGGAUACAUAUCAGCUCUUCCUCAAGUAACCACAGUUUUUUCCACAAAUGUGUCAAAUGAUUGAGAACUAAAGUAGAAUUUACUAAAGUGCACAAGGUGCUUGAUCUAUGGAACAAGCGAUAAAAUGAUUUUUGCUUGAGCAAGAAUUAAGGUUUAGUUUACUCAGAAAUUGUAAACAUGAUCUAGAAAUGCACUCUACUAUAUACACAUGUACAAUAAAGCCAGUAGUCUAAAAUCUAGGUGGAUUUUUCACAACCAAUCAACACAAAUCAUUUUUUUUAAAUUUUAAACAAGCUACAGUAUUUGAAAAUAGAUGUGUGAUGUUGUCUAUGCUCAAGUGUUUGACACCGUUUAACUAAAUCUCAUUUCAUAGUUUAAAAAGCAGGUUUUUCUUUUUUCUCAAGCAAGCUACAUGCAAACAUUUCUAACUGUUGUACAACUCUUUUUCCUUCUGACGCUAUGUCUGCACUGAUGGAAAUGAUGCCUCGGUAUUGUACUUUUGUACAAUGUGAAAAAUCAGUUCGACUACAUCCUGAAAAUGUCAGGAGUAGAGAAUGUAGCUCAUCCUAUCAGGUGUCAAAAUCACUAAAGAAAGCAAAGAUGUACUAGAACAAAAUGUUUCCCUAAUACAUAUUUGAAUAAAUCAAA